AUGACUGCAACUCGUACUGAGCCAGGGCCUUCGGCCCAACCGAAUCUGCGAGUCACGAUCAUCGCUGCUGACGGCUUGUACAAGCGAGAUGUAUUCCGUCUCCCCGACCCAUUUGCCGUAGCCACUAUCAAUGGCGAACAAACCAAGACCACGGCCGUUUCUAAACGUACACUCAACCCGUAUUGGAAUGAGAGCUUCGAUUUUCGAGCAACCGAAGACAGUAUCUUAGCAGUGCAAGUAUUUGACCAAAAGAAGUUCAAGAAAAAGGAUCAAGGCUUCUUAGGGGUUAUCAAUGUCAGGAUCGGGGACGUUAUUGAAUUAGUAGACGGCGCCGAUGAUCAGAUGCUUACACGGGAUUUGAAGAAGUCUACCGAUAACCUCGUCGUUCACGGAAAGUUGAUAAUCAACCUCUCUACAAACCUCACCACACCUGCCCGCCCUAUACAACAACAACAACCUUCAUCAGCGAGCUCCAGCCGACCGUCCUUAGCCCCCCAGGCCUCUACUGCUAGUGCCGUUAGUGCCUCCGAUCGCCCAACGUCUUCCGCAUCAGGUCCAAACGGGCUUGCGCCAGGUGCACAGACGGCUUUACCGCUCAGGCCUAACGGCGCAAAUGCGCCUGCUGUUAAUGGCAACGGUGCACAGGCUCGACCCGCAGCCCAGAUGAGUCCCUUUGAAGAUGCCCAAGGCCGCCUACCUGCUGGCUGGGAGCGGCGCGAAGAUAAUCUAGGGAGAACUUACUAUGUAGAUCAUAAUACGCGAACCACGAGCUGGAACCGGCCGACUCAAACCGGCACCUCGGCAGAGAACCGUGGCGAAAGAGAAGCAGCUACCCAGGUUGAGCGUCAAAGGCAUCAGAACAGAACCCUACCCGAAGAUCGUACCGGAGCCAACUCUCCAACCCUUCAGCAGCAACAGCAACAGCAACAGCAGCCAGCUUCUAGUAGCGGUUCGACCCAUAGCCCCGGCCAAAGCACUCUGAUGCACACCGGGGCUACCAGUCCUGGCACUGGUGAGCUUCCGCCCGGUUGGGAACAACGUUGGACACCCGAGGGUCGACCUUACUUCGUUGAUCAUAAUACCCGAACUACGACAUGGGUGGAUCCUCGCCGACAGCAAUAUAUCAGGAUGUACGGUGGCCAAAAUAAUUCUAACGGAACUAUACAGCAACAGCCGGUCUCGCAACUUGGCCCGCUGCCGAGUGGGUGGGAAAUGCGAUUAACCAACACGGCUCGCGUUUACUUCGUGGAUCACAAUACCAAAACGACGACAUGGGAUGACCCACGACUACCGUCCUCGUUAGACCAGAAUGUGCCGCAGUAUAAGCGAGAUUUCCGAAGGAAGCUGAUCUACUUCCGUUCGCAGCCUGCCAUGCGAAUACUUUCAGGACAAUGUCAUAUGAAAGUGCGACGAUCUCAUAUAUUUGAGGAUUCGUUCGCAGAGAUCUCGAGACAAUCCGCGACGGACCUGAAGAAGCGCCUAAUGAUUAAGUUCGAUGGCGAAGAUGGUCUAGAUUAUGGUGGUCUUUCUAGAGAGUUCUUUUUCUUAUUAUCGCAUGAAAUGUUUAACCCCUUUUACUGCCUUUUCGAAUAUUCCGCACACGAUAACUACACCCUCCAGAUCAACCCGCACUCGGGUAUCAACCCCGAGCAUUUGAAUUACUUCAAGUUCAUUGGUCGUGUGGUUGGCCUCGCCAUCUUCCAUCGCCGAUUUUUGGACGCGUUUUUUAUUGGAGCGCUUUAUAAGAUGAUUCUAGGCAAGUCGGUGGUCCUUGCCGACAUGGAGGGCGUGGACGCAGAUUUCCAUCGAAGUCUGCAGUGGAUGCUUGACAAUGAUAUCUCGGGCGGUAUACUCGAGCAGACUUUCUCCACCGAGGACGAGCGCUUCGGUGUUGUCACAGUCGAGGAUCUCAUCCCUAACGGCCGAAAUAUCGACGUCACGAACGAGAACAAGAAGGAAUAUGUAGAUCUCAUGGUGAAGUGGCGCAUUGAAAAGCGUAUUUCGGAGCAAUUCCAGGCCUUUAAGGAAGGAUUCCACGAGCUUAUCCCCCAGGACCUAAUUAACGUCUUCGAUGAGCGCGAAUUAGAGUUACUAAUUGGUGGUAUUGCCGAUAUUGAUGUGGACGACUGGAAGAAGCACACCGAUUACCGCGGCUACACGGAAAGCGACGAGGUCAUCCAGUUCUUCUGGCAAACGGUACGGAGCUGGGACGGCGAGCAGAAGAGCAGAUUAUUGCAGUUCACGACGGGUACUUCGCGAAUCCCCGUCAACGGUUUCAAGGAUCUUCAAGGCAGCGAUGGCCCAAGGAGGUUUACCAUCGAGAAAGCGGGCGAAGUUGGUAAUUUACCAAAGGCACACACUUGCUUUAAUCGUCUAGAUCUGCCCCCGUAUAAAUCGUUGGAGCAGCUGCAAAACAAGUUAACGACGGCGGUCGAGGAGACGAUGGGUUUCGGACAGGAGUAAAAAGGCUGUUGUUGGUUUUGGUAGUGUUUUGUUCUUCUUGAACUUUUACUGCUACUAUUACGACUACUCCUGCCGCUGCUACUGCUG